GUGUGGUCAGGAUGAGACAUGGCGGACGCCUCAGUUGUCUAGAUCUGCUAAAGGAUCCAGUCACCAUUCCAUGUGGACACAUGUAUUGUUUGGUCUGCAUUAAAGGCUGCUGGGAUCAGGAGGAUGGUAAAGGCAUCUACAGCUGCCCCCAGUGCAGACAGACAUUUAGGCCAAGACCUGCUGUCAGUAAAAACAGUCUAAUUGCUGAGAUGGUGGAGGACUUUAGGAAGACUGGACUCCAGGCUGCUGCUCCUGCUCACUGUUCUGCUGGACCUGGAGAUGUGAAGUGUGACCUCUGCACUGGGAGAAAACUCAAAGCUGUCAAAUCCUGCCUGGUUUGUCUGUUGUCUUACUGUGAAACUCACCUCAAAGCUCACAAUGACCUCAAUCCUGGGAGAAAACACUCAGUGAUUGAUGCCACAGGCCAGCUGGAGGAAAGAAUCUGCUCUGAACAUCAGAAGGUGCUUGAAAUAUUUUGUCGGACUGAUCAGAGUUGUAUCUGCUACCUGUGUACGAUGGAUGAACAUAGAGGCCAUGACACAGUCACAGCUGCGUCAGAAUGGAAAAACAAAAAGAAGCAAGAUCAAGGAUCAACAGAUCAAGGCCAGACUGUGCCCAGUGAAGCUCUGCACAGACAGCAGUGGAGGACAGUGAGAGGAUCUUUACUGAGAUGAUCCGCUCCAUUGAGAGAAGGCGCUCUGAGGUGACAGAGCUGAUCAGAGCUCAGGAGAAGGCUGAGGUGAGUCGGGCUGAAGGACUCCUGAAGAAACUGGAGCAGGAGAUUGCU